UAGGCGCGGAGAUGUGUGUAAUGAAAUCGAUUGCAUGUCAGAUUACCCAAACCAUGGCGUGAAAGGUGGAAAUAGUGAGUGAAGUGCUGGGAUGGUGGGGGACUUACAGGACAUGAUGUCCAGGCGGUGUAAUGCAGCUGUGGCAGAAAGACUGAUAGAUGUGGAGAUUUUUUCGUCAGCGCCGACGUUUGUUGUGUACCUGAUAACCAGGUGACCAGAGGUUGAAAAUAUAUUUGCAUAAAUUUGGUACUGAUUUAUGGAAAAGACAUCAAGAUCUAAACCUCGGCAGGAGUCCUUGUGCCUGGAUGAAGGUGGUGAUGGAGCAGCUGAAGCAGCCUCAGGUCCUCAGUGGUUACGACCGGUGUCAGCCAGUGCAACGUUGUGCUUUAGUCAGGACUCAGAUGACUCGUCAGGCCCAGCAUCGCCCCUACCGUGUAGGCACCGUGCUUAUCAGAUGGUGCCACUGCACGCUAUCCCUCGCUUUCUGCCACCUGUUGGGGUCUUUUGGGACAUUGAAAAUUGCCAGGUCCCAAAAGGUCGUUCAGCAGUGGCGGUGGUGCAGGUCAUUAGAGACCGGUUCUUCAAAGGUUACAGAGAGGCGGAGUUCCUAGUUGUUUGUGAUGUCAAGAAAGAAAAUAAUCAAAUUGUUAAAGAGCUUAAUGAUGCCCAGGUGAACCUGAUCCAUGUGGCAUCUACAUGUAAAAAUGCAGCAGAUGAGAAACUUCGGCAGUCUAUUCGGCGCUUUGCUGACUUACAUGGCAGUCCUGCAUGUAUCAUUCUAAUAUCAGGGGAUAUAAAUUUCGCACCAGACAUAACUGAUUUAAGACACAGGAAAAAAAUCCAUGUAAUCCUACUACACAGAAGGAACACAUCAGAAGCUUUGAUCCUGUCUGCUAAUGAAAAUUACAGCUUUUCCGCACUUGCUGAAGAAUUGCCACUGCGGGCAAUAAAGCCUCCAAGCAAACCUGUGCAAGUUGUUGUUAACAAUCUCCCUGAAGGUUGUGAACAGAAUCUUAUACGAAAUCGCCUGAGGCGACUCUCGGAUAACUGUGGUGGAAAAAUUGCUGCUAUCAACAAGACAACAGCCACAAUUCGCUUUCCUAAUGCUGACACUGCUAACAGGGCCCAGAAACGGAUGGAUGGAGAAGAUGUGUAUGGAAAUAAGAUACAUGUGACUUGUUCAGAUAUAGGAGAAGCAAGAGAUUCUUCACCAAUCAAAACUCAGACAGCUCGAAACACAAGACAGGUGGCAAGUAAAGAAUCUGGAAUACAAGGUACCAUGUCAUCACUUUACUAUAAACAAGGGCCAAGGCAGCCAUCUGUAGUGUAUAACUCUGUACCUACAAGUCUUAACUUGAUGGGAGGAAGUUCCUUAUUUAAUCGUGCAUCUGUGCUGCAGCAAAAUGGAAACCAUCAGUUGCCAGUUCACGCUACAGGUGGCUCUGUUUGGCCAAAGUAUGUAAUGAAUGUUAAUACAGCCCACAAAUCAGUCUCAUACAGCGGUGGAAAUCUUAAAACACCUGAAGGUUAUCGUCGAAUCAGAGGAACACACAAAGUGAGUGAGAGUGGUAAGGCAGAACAAAAUGACCAAAAUAUUACAGUGUCUGCUCUUCAAUCAGUUGGUUUCCAAAAGCGCUGCCGCACAUCUUCUCCAGUGAAUAAUAUAGCAUCUUGUAUGAUGUCUUUACCAGAUCCGGUAGCAGCAGUCAGACAUAACAUUCAGAAUUCGUCAGUUCGCAAGGGACCAUCUCCAUCCAGACAAAGCCAAACCAGAAGCAUAACACCACAUCAAAUAAAAACCUUGGAUGAGCGCUCACAUAGUAAUCCAGAGUGUUUCUUCCAUCCAAUACAAAUGCCAGGGAAAACUCAGUUCAGUGGUUCAUCAGCUGAUCUCCCUGUUGAACUGCAUGUAACAAAUUUGGAUCAGAAUCUAAGCAUUUCGGAGAUAAAAAGUAUUUUGACUUCUUUAUUCAAAGAACGUGUACCGGUAUGCAGUGUAUCAGUGAUAGCACAGACAGAUGGGAAUAUCAUGGCCUUUGUGAAAGUUCCAACUCUUUCUGAUGCUCAACUUGCGAUCUCUCUGUUCCACCGUUACAAAAUUGGAUACAGGCGCAUACUAAUAUCGUAUGGUAAUACGAGUGGUCCUAGCCCACAGAUAAUUAGGUCUCAGGUCAUUACACUUCUUCUAGAAGUGCCAGACCAUCGAUUACCUCUUUUCAAGUUCAGAGAGAUGUUUGAGAAACGAUAUUUGGCAUCAAUCAGUGUCUCAGAUAUCUACAAACUUCGUGAUGUCUGUGUAGUCUCAGAUGGACCAAAUGGAAGGAUGGUGACACUUAAUCCAGAUCACCGACAUACGCCAUCUCCGUGCCUGGUAUCGGGACAGGAAAAUCAGCCAUACUGUGUUCUGCAUGCAAUGAAACCACAACCAGACAGAGGGUGGGCAGAGCAGGAGCUUUCUGCAUUACCUUCUGUAAAUAUUGGACUGAAGCUUCUGAGUAAUCGUAUUAAGGCCUUGCUGCUGUCGCAUGGAGGCAGCCUUCCAUUACCAAGCUUGCCAUACUGCUAUUUAGCAGUGUUCGAUAAAUUGGAAGUGUCAGAUACUGGAGUACCUUUGGAACAUCUCGUUAGUUGUCUGCACGAUGUGAAGAUUAUUCCUGGCCCACCAGGAUGUGUCAAAAAAUUGGUUUGGUCUCCAGAUUUGCAGCCAGAUUCUUCUUUUUCUCAAGAAGCACCAGAGAAAAGUGUGAGCCCACCACUUGCCAACCACUUGGCACUACUGAGCAGAGAGUUGGUAGAUUUACUGAAGAUACAACCUGGCUGUCAGUUACCCUUCGGACGUUUUGUACCAGCAUACCAUCAUCAUUUUGGUCGGCAGAUAAGAGUUGCAGAUUAUGGUUUCACAAAACUAGUGGAACUUCUUGAUGCCAUGCCCUCCAUUGUACAGGUAAUGGGAGAAGGCUCUCGCCGCAUAGUUACAUUGGCACACAGAGCUCAAAUAAGACGAUUUACUUCAGAUCUUCUACGUGUCCUUAAGUCGCAAGCUAGCAAGCAAGCUUUGGUGUCAGAGUUACCAGCACAUUUUUCACGUACCUUAGGACGACCAUUUGCUGUACAAGAUUAUGGUGUAUGUGAGCUCGAAGAUCUACUCAGUGAAGUUGCAGAAAAUGUCAUUGUUAUGCAGCAGUCAGCAGAUGGAGAGGCAACAGUUGCACUUCCUAGAAGAGACCAGACACCUGAAGAAAUUAAAAGAACUAAACAAUUUGCUGCAGAGGUUGUGGAACUCUUGAGCCAUGCACCACAAUGUCAGCUGAUGUUCAACAAGUUGAUUCCUGCCUACCACCACCAUUUUGGACGCCAGUGCCGUGUAGCUGACUUUGGUUUUACAAAGCUUAUAGAGCUAUUGGAAGCAAUUCCGGAAGUUAUCAAGGUGGAGGAUGCUGGGGAUGGUGAACGACGUGUGAUGUUAACACAACCUGUAGCGGUCCGUGUGCUGACAAACCAAGUGGCAGAACUCCUGCGCAGUAGUGGCUCUGCUGUUUUACCACUGAAAGAAUUGCCAUCAGCAUAUCUCCAACACUUUGGCCAUACACUGCGACCAGAAGAUUUCAACUGCAGUAGUAUUGAGCAGCUGGUUUCGUUGCUCAUACCCACAAUUAAGGUUCUUCCUGGAUUACGGCUAUACUUGGCUGGACAGAUCACUGCCAAUCUUGAGAGACUUCGUGUUUUGCGCAUUCUACUUAACACCAGUGAUGGUAUGAUGAGGAUACCAGAAUUCAUGAAGCUUUUUACCAAACUCUAUUCCAUAUCAGUAUCUGAAGAUUAUUUGCAGACUGCAGACAUUGCAGUUCUUUUGAUGGUGCAGAAUGGACAUGUAAUACUGCAGCCUGUAUAUGAAUUUGCAAGGCGUGUGUAUUGGUUGGUGGUAGGCAGCGGUGGUCGUUUACUAUUGUCAUCUCUUAAUAAGUUGUACUUUACAACAUAUCACUCAACCAUCCAAGCAGCAAGUCUUGGAUUUUCAAGCAUUGAUUCUUUGAUAAUUGCUGCCGGUGAUGUUCUGACUCUGGAAUAUGAAAAUGACUGCAACAAUGAUCCUUACAUCGCAGUAAAUCCUCAGCUGGCAGAAGUCGGUCUACCUUUAUCACUGCCAGUUGCUGUGGAAGCUACGACUUCAGAACAAACUGAUUCUUCAAGCACGAAACAUUCAUUUAGUGCCACUACCACAUCAGCUGGGAACCAAGACUUAGUCUCUCAAAUUUCCAAUAUUGAUUUAACACACAAAGCAACUGCCCCAUUCUCAGCAGACUAUCUUCUCAAUGACAAAGUGGGCAGUAAUCUGCAAAAUGUUUUUGGGCUGAAGGAGACCAGGAAGUCUGAUAUUUAUACAUUAACACCAAACCAGUCUGUCUAUGCCUGGGGUGGACAGAGUCCUCCAACAUAUGCUCCAUACUGUCUCAAUACAGCAUUUAGCCCGUACAAGGGUGGAAAUAAAAGCAACAAAGAAAACAGCAACUGGCCAGAGAACAUCGUUCCACCACAUCCAAGCGAACUGCCUCUGCCCUCACCUUGCCUUGUGCGCGCCGACACACUGUUACAGGAGAACGAUUCUUCUGAAAAACAAAAGCGCAAGAAGAGGCUGGCAGCACAGUUCAGCAAUCCUCUGGAGAUGCCAUGAGUGGGUAUACUGGUUUCAUUGUACCUGAGAAGGAAAAAGCAGCCAUCCAUAGAAAGAGAUGGGUUUUGAUACUCCCAUCGUAGUUAGUUUCUGUUGUGUAUGUAUGAACUGCAUGCAUUUUUAUCUUUGAGAAUACCAAAGUAUUUAUAUAAAGUGAAUGGCAACAUCACAACAUCUCUUUUUAUGAGAUAGAAAAAUUAAUAUUUAGUUUUAAAGACCAAACAAAUGUCCAUAGUUUUUGUGUAUUGCUGCAGUUGGCACCUAGCCACUGUCUUUUACUGAGAAGUGGACACAUUUGUUUUAAUAUCAUAUGAACGUAUUCAAUAAGUUUUAAUAUUGUAGCACAAUGAUGGACAAGUACUCCGCACAUUAGACCACCAUGUUAGAUCAUCGGAAAGUUUUAAUGACAACUUUAGAGUGUUGGUUCAUGUCACUACUGUGUUUGUGAUGUGUAUGGAAUGUGUCUGACUCCCAUUCUCACUUAAAGUUGAAUUGUUAAUGCACAACACAUUCAGCCAUGUCUUUAUUGUCAGCAUCAUUUUAUUUAGCUCAGAAAUGGAAACGGUAAUUAAUAUAAAAGUUAUUCAGUGUCCGUAAGAGCUGUAGAUCCUGUAUGUAAGCAAAAUACUUGUGUAUUCUGAUAUAUUUGUAUUCUGAAAGUGCAGAACUUUCAACAUUGGUCUCGGAUUCAUUGUAAACAAUAAUUGUUGCCAUUAUUUAGGGUCGGUAGUAAACUCUCAACUAAUUACCAGGCUUAAACCUACAUAACUGUUAAUUUCAUAAAUGUUAUGUUAAUAGCCAUUAUUAUUAAUUGUGUUAUAUGGUUUUAGGACAGAAAAUUACUUCUGUUUACAAGCAUUAUAUUAAAAUUAUUCUGUAUGUUGUUUCAGCUAUUUUGAAAGAAUGUAAAAUUAUAUUAUGAUUUUAGUUCAAGAUUUUACAACAGUAUUUCUUUGUUAAGGUCUUUUCACAGAUAGAAAUAAAUUUUUUAAAGUCAUUCCAUUACUUCUGUAAUACAAAUUUUAUUUUAAUAAUUGUUUUAUUUAUUCAGCUUUUUGUGAGUGUAAAAUUUUUGAAAUGUUUAUAUAUGAAUAUUUUUAUAGACAAUUUGUCUUUAUUGAUCUUGAAGUUUAUUUUUCCAUUGAAUUAAAACUGUACCAAUUGUAAAGUAUUUCAGUGAAGUAGUGUGUGUGCGCGUGUGUGCGCGUGUGUGC